GAAACUAAAGAGAGAACAUUCAGUUUCGUUUCUUGUUCAGUUGCUGUUCCUGCUCUCAGUGAUGGCGGCUGCUGAUCUGAGAGACGAGCUGAGCUGCUCCAUCUGCCUGAGCAUUUAUACUGAUCCUGUAUCCCUGCCGUGUGCCCAUAACUUCUGCCGGGGCUGUAUUGGGAGGGUGCUGGACACCCAGGAGGGAUCUGGGGCUUAUUCCUGCCCUGAAUGCAGACAGGAGUUUAAGGAGCGCCCUGCCCUGCCCAGGAACAGAACUCUGGGGAACAUAGCAGAGCGAUUCCUUUCUGCUCAGCCCGAGCCGGGGGACACUGGGAUUCCCUGCACCUACUGUGUCCUCUCUCCUGUACCUGCUGUUAAAUCCUGUCUGCACUGUGAAGCUUCUAUGUGUGAGACCCACCUGAGGAUGCACAGCAAGUCAGCAGAACAUGUACUGACCCAACCCACUGAUUCCUUCAUGGAGAGAAAAUGUUCUGUACACAAGCGGAUCCUGGAGUAUUACUGCUGCGAGACCUGUGUCUGUGUGUCCUGCAGUCUGGCCGGAGAGCACAGGGGCCACAGGGUGGAGCUGCUGAGUGAGGCCUCUGAGAAGAAGAAAGAGACACUGAGGAAAGUUGUGGAGAAACUGAGGCCAGAGAGAGAGGAGACUGAGAGAGGAGCCCAGAGACUGCAGGAGCGCAGGAGAGAAGUGGCAGAAAAAGCAGCCGGUGAGACAGAGAGAGUCACUGCCCUGGUUAGAGACAUCAGGGAACAGCUGGAAGCCCUAGAGAAGCGACUCCUGAGUGACAUCUCCAGCCAGAAAGAGAAGCUCUCACUCACACUCACUGAUCUGAUGGAGCAGCUGGAAAUAAAGAAGGACGAGCUGUCCAGGAAGAUCCGUCACAUUGAGGAGCUGUGCAACAUGGCAGAUCCACUCACUGUCCUACAGGAACGGGAAUCACAUGCCUUUUGUAGGGCUGAGGGGGCAGAUAAUGAAGAAGAUUAUGAUACUGAGAAGGAUUAUUGUGAUAAUGAAUGGGCAGAUAAUCAAGAAGAUUAUGAUACUGAGCAGGAUUAUUGUGAUAAUGAAUGGGCAGAUAAUCAAGAAGAUUAUGAUACUGAGCAGGAUUAUUGUGAUAAUGAAUGGCCAGAUAAUCUAGAAGAUUAUGAUACUGAGCAGGAUUAUUGUGAUAAUGAAUGGGCAGAUAAUGAAGAAGAUUUUGAUACUGAAAGGGAUUAUUAUGAUAAUGAAUGGGCAGAUAAUAAAGAGGAGGAUGAUACUGAGGGGGCAGAUAAUGAGGGGGGCAGAGAGAGACAUGAUAUAAAGGUCCCUGCUGUAGGGGAUCUGGAUGUGGAUCUGAUCUCAGAGACAUUACUCACAGGCUUAGCUGCCAUUGUGACUGGGGUAAAGGGAAGGAUUUAUGGGCAGGAGGCUACAGACCUGUUACUGGAUAUAAACACGGCUCAUAAUUACUUAUCUGUAUCAGGGGACAGGAAAUCUGCUUCCUACUCACUAACAGAACUACAUUACCCACAAUCCCCAGAGAGAUUUCAGGAUUAUACUCAAACUUUAAGCAGCAGGAGUUUCCCCUCAGGGCGACAUUACUGGGAAGUGGAGGUCAGUGAAUCAGGGGAGUGGAGGGUAGGGGUGGCCUAUCCCAGUAUAGAGAGGAGAGGGGAUCAGUCCUGUAUUGGGGAUAAUAAUAAGUCCUGGGGUUUGUACAGAGGGAAGAAUAAUAACAGAUAUUCAGUGAGACAUGACAGUAAAGACACAGAUUUACCCCACGUCCCUUCCUGCAGGAGAAUCAGGAUCUCAUUGGACUAUGAGGCCGGACGUCUGUCCUUUUAUGAGCUGAGUGAGCCAAUCAGACACUUACACACCUUCACUGCCACAUUCACUGAGCCCCUUCAUGUUGCAUUCUAUCUUUAUGGUGAUGGUGCCUGGGUGAGAAUCAUUUGUUAGGGUUAGAACAAUGCCCACUGUAGUUUUAGAAGGUUAAAUCACAUAUCUACACAUAAAAUAUUUUUGUCUGUCUGUUUUGUGUCCACACCCUCCAUGCCACCUCCAAACCACAGUCCAUUUUACAAAAUUAGGCAGGUUAUGGAAAGUAUGAAGCCAUUUCUGGAUAUCUAUGGGCCAUGAUCAGAAUUUGCAUGUUGCUUAUUGGACUUUUUGAUGUAAAUGAGCCCUAAUAACUCAGAUAGGUCUGUUUAAUGGAUGACAAUUAAAUCAAGUCUUAUACUCUUUAUAAAGCAUAUCAUUAUGCAAACUGAAAGAAGUAUUAAAAUACCUUCUAUUUGGUUAAAACAUUGAUUGAUUGUAUAAAGUUAUCACAAUAUUAAAAAUAGAUGAAAACAUAA